AUGCUGCGCCCGGUGCCGGAUUUUUCUUCAAACCGGGAGCAGUGGUUUGAGGUUUGGGGCGGAGGGGCCGCGCCCAGUCCUGCUGUCAUCCUUUGCGCGUUCUACCCGAAGCACGGCGGGGACACAGACACCUGGAAGUCCAUUGUAGCGCAUGCGGCUUUAUGUCGUCAUCGGUACCCGCGGGCGCGCUUGAUUUUAGGCGGAGAUGCAAAUGUCCAUUUGGACUAUCUUGCUGACCAUGUGGAGCCUUGUAGCUGCGCGCACUGCAAGCAAUCCCCUGCAGACAGAGAGAUCCAACAGUGGCUUGUGGCUGCAGGGCUUGGGGCUUUUAACCCCCCCGCGCCAACGCAUGUGUCUGGCACCUGCAUCGACCUUUUCAUAGGCAUGAGAGAUUCGCCCCUUCCUGUCAAGGUCCUGCCGGAUUUUAUUGCGCUCUCCGACCACCGACUCGUCAUGGCAGAGGUGCCCUGCCAGUUCACGGCCCCGUGGGCGGCGGGCUACGGGAGGGUCGCCUGGACGUCCGGACCCAGGUGGGACGAGGGCCUGAGGGAAAUCUCCGGCACCCUCAGUGCGCUGAGCGAGAGCGUGGAAGCAAUUACAUGCGCCCCUUGGCUUCAGCCACCGUGGUUCGGAGGCAGGGCCAGCAGAGUGCCAAGGCGCGCCGUGGUUAACGUUGCGGCUUGGGCUCGCGAUGCCGCCUACACCAUGGUGGGACACGCAGCGGGUGCCACCAAGGCGAUAGGGGGCAAGCGUCGCCUCUCGCAGACCAUUGCGCGUAGGUUGCUGAACCCAGCGUGUUUCACCUCGCAUCAAGAGUUUAAGCUUGAAGUUGCGCGCGCAGCGUGGGGGGAGCGUAGGAGAGCCGUCCACCGCUAUUUGCAUUUGCGCGAGGCCAACCCCGGGGCCGCGGAGAGGUUCCUGUCGAGCUUCUUCCAGGUGCGCACCCGUUUUGAGGUGAGGCUGUCGGACCCGUCCACGGGGGCCGCGCUUACGCCCAGUGCGAUGGUUGAGGCUGUUAGGCAGGAUCUGUUUGCACGCGAUCGCAAUGACUUUGAGCAGGAUCCGGGGGCCGAGGAGGCCAUGGCACGGCAGGGGGGGGUCGGCGACGCCCUCACCCUAGUAAUCGGCCUCGUCGUGCACGCCCAGCUGCGGCAUGCGCAGGGCCUCCACACUUGGUGGGCUCUAGCAGAUGGCAAGUGGGCUUUCGACGUGGCGUCCCGCCACGCCAUGUUGGUGGGCGUGUACAACGCCGGAGUCCGCGGGCCUGAUUGGCUCAUUUUGGACGACGUGUUGGAAGUCACGCCGCCGGCGCAAUGCGUUGAGCCGCCGCGGGGGGAGCUGCAGCUUGACGGGGUCGUGCAGGAGGUGUCGCUUUUGGCGGCGGCUGAGGAGUCGCCGUGGCCCCAGGCGAGGCGCUUCCUGCGCGGCGUCCUCAGCGCGCUGUCGUCGCAGGCUGAUCGGGUUGCCGUGACAGAGCGUUUGGGGGCUUACCACGUGGAGUCACCGCAAUUCGUGGAUGACAUCACAACGCCCUGCCCGUCAGAGGGGGCCGUUAGGGCCGUUCUGUCGGAGGAAGAGUGGUCGGCGUGCAGCCGAUACGCACGGCGCGUGAGGGCCCGCUUCAACUAUGAUAGGGGGAAGACGGCAGUCCUGCCCCUUCUGGACGCCGCCCCGCCCUUGCUAGCUGGAGCCCCUGUGGUGAGCGCGAAAGGGCUUCUAGGAGUUCUAGUGGACUCGGGCCUCACGUUUCUGCCGUUGCUGCACAGUACGCUCGCGAGGGGCAGGUCGCUGUUUGACGAACUUUUGCAGGCGGCGGAGUGCGGGGGCUUCUCCAUCCCAGUUGCCGCAGCUCAAGUCCCUCCCCGCAUUGAGUCGGUAAUCCUAUACGCUUCCCCGUUGUUGGCCCUAGCCGAGGGGGCUGAAGCGGCCCUCAACCGCUUACAGGUAGAGUGGGGCCGCAAGCUGCUGGGCUGCAAUGCUGGCCCGCCCGUGCGUCACAGCGUGGUCGUGGCCCAAUGCGGGUGGCCUUUGAGGCUGGGCACGAAGUUUCUUGAGCGUGCCUUGCUAGCGCGAGCCAGGCUCGCAGUCCUCCCGCUCGACCACCCGGCGUCCCGAGCCUGGCAGGCAUCCCGGUGCCUGCACGCCCCCUCUUGGGUUACUGCGGUAGCUGCGCUCGCUGGCCGCCUUCCGUCGCCGCCAGUGCAACUGGACCGACACCCGGCAUGCGCUGGGGAGCAGUUGGAGGCUGCGCGCGCCCAUCCAGCGAGGCGCAGGGCCCUCCUGGAGUGGUACCGCUGGCAGGUCGUGCGCCCAGCGCUGUUGGAGUAUGACCGGCAAGCAUUCAGGAAGGCAGCGUCAUGUGUUCUCCCGGCGUUGCGCCGUUCCUUCGCUGAGCUUUGCCCGGGCCCGUCCCUCCCUGACUGGAAUCUUCUGGGCUGGGAGUCGUCUCCAAACUUUUGGAAGCAUUACCGGUUGUGGGCCGUCAUACGCAUGACGGGCUGCUGGCCCCUUGCCGUGCUUGGCCAGGGUGGGCUGCCAGCCACGCUCUCGCGGUGCGGGGCAUGCGGAGCGUCGAAUGUAGCAGUCGACCAUCCCCUGGUAGCGUGUCAGGCCACGGUUCAGCACCGUGCCCUCCUUGCGCGCGACGGCCCGCCCAUGCAGGGCGCCGCCCCGGAGUUCGCCUUACAAGUCCUUUUUUCCGAGGGCGGAGCGCAGGGUGCCUCCGUCUAG